GCCCCGCCCUUAGCAACGCGGCCCGGCCCGGCCCGGCCGCCUCCGCCGCGCCGCCGGGGCAGGGAUGCGGGCCGUUUGCGCCGUGUCGGACCUUGGUACCGCUGCGUUGGCUCCUUGAGCCUCUCGGCGACCUGCCGCCAUCUGGGGCGUUCGCCGCCGCCCCCCGGCCUGGGGCGCUGACUGAGGAAACCCGCAAAAAGGAGCCUGGUUCGGCUUCGGGCCGCGGCGGCCCCGCGUACGGCUCGGAGGAGGCCCCGGCCGAGGGGGAAGCGACGGGGGGUAUCCCCUUCUCCGGCUGGAGCGGGACCGGCCUUCGGAGCGGUGUGCGGCGCUGCGUCCCGGGCAAGGCUGCUUGCUGAAGGGCAUGUAUUUGAUGUUACGGCUGUUAUCAAAUGUCCUCUUCAAGAUUUUUGUGAAAACAGGUGGCCAGGCAAAGAGACACCCGUAGUGUCCUCACCGAGGGAAAGACCGCAAGGUAUUACCACGCUAAAGUGCUCGUGAAGAAAAACAUUGGAACUCAGGCUUCUUCCAGGUUUUAAAAACCACUUGAAUUGAAAUGGCAAGACUGUAUGAAGAGUGCUGCCCAUCGAGAAUAGCUGUGGCUGUGUUGAUACAAGGACGCAAGCGAAGGGAAGGAAGAUUUGAAGAGUUACCUUUAAUUAGACUCACUACGAUGGUUUGGCCUAAUUAAAAAAAAAAAAAGUCACGCUUUAGACUAUGAGAGAAUUAUCUUAAAUCUGAAUUAUCUGAGAAUGUAGAGAUACCAUUCUAAAAAAAAAUGAUGCAAAACGUGCAUCUGGCUCCUGAGGCUGAUGAAGAUGAUCUUUAUUCUGGCUACAAUGAUUAUAAUCCUACCUUUGACACAGAGGAUUUAGAAAAUGAUGUAGCUUUUCAACAGGCAGCAAGAACAAGUCAUGGUAGAAGACCCCCUGUGACAGCCAAAAUUCCUGGUACAUCAGGUUCAAGACCUUUAGCUACUGGAUUUGGGUCAAAGGCAACUUUAACAUCAUCUAUGGGAAGACCAAUGACAGGAGCUAUACAGGAUGGGGUUGCUCGACCAAUGACAGCAGUGCAUGCUGCAGGUUACACUAAGGCCGCUAUGAGAGGUUCCGCAUUUGAUCCUCUUGGCCAAGCAAGAGGUCCUGCUCCACCUCUGGAAAUGAAAAACUCAGACAGUUCAGAAGAGAAGAUUAGGCAGUUGGAAAAAAAAGUGAAUGAACUGGUUGAAGAGAGCUGCAUUGCCAACAGCUGUGGAGACUUGAAAUUGGCUCUAGAAAAAGCAAAAGAGGCUGGAAGAAAGGAAAGAGUAUUGGUGAGACAACGUGAACAAAUCGCUACUCCAGAAAACAUCAACUUAGACCUGACUUACUCAGUUCUUUUCAAUCUGGCCAGUCAGUAUGCUGCUAAUGAAAUGUAUGCUGAAGCACUGAAUACUUACCAAGUUAUAGUGAAGAAUAAGAUGUUCACCAAUGGAGGUAGACUGAAGGUGAAUAUGGGAAAUAUAUAUUUAAAACAACGGAACUAUUCCAAAGCUAUCAAAUUCUACCGUAUGGCUCUAGACCAGAUUCCUAGUGUCCACAAAGAGAUGAGGAUUAAAAUAAUGCAAAAUAUCGGAGUUGCAUUUAUUAAAACUGGCCAAUACGUUGAUGCCAUUUCUUCAUUUGAGCACAUAAUGAGCACGUCCCCAAACCUGAAGGCAGGAUUCAACUUGAUUGUUUGUUAUUUUGCUAUUGGAAACAGUGAGCAAAUGAAAAGAGCCUUCCAAAAACUGAUUGCAGUUCCCUUGGAAGUGGAUUAUGAUGACAAAUACAUUUCGCCAAAUGAUGAUCCACAUACAAAUCUACUGAUUGAAGCCAUUAAAAAUGACAGCUUAAGACAAAUAGAACGUGAGAGGAAAUCCAUGGCCGAGGAAUACAUCAUGACAGCAGCUAAACUCAUUGCACCAGUAAUUGAGACGUCUUUUGCAGUGGGCUAUGACUGGUGUGUUGAAGUAGUAAAAGCUUCCCACUAUGUAGAGUUAGCCAAUGACCUGGAAAUAAAUAAAGCGACUACUUACCUGAGGCAGCGGGAUUUUAACCAGGCGCUGGAGACUUUAAAAAUGUUUGAAAAAAAGGAUAGCAGAGUGAAGAGCGCAGCUGCAACAAACCUUUCAUUCCUUUAUUAUUUGGAGAAUGAAUUGGCACAAGCAGCUAACUAUGCAGAUUUAGCUGUAAAUUCUGAUAGGUACAAUCCAGCAGCUCUAACUAACAAAGGAAAUACUGUUUUUGCAAACGGAGACUACGAAAAAGCAGCUGAGUUUUAUAAGGAAGCUCUCAGGAACGAUUCCUCAUGCACUGAAGCACUUUAUAAUCUUGGUUUAACGUACAAGAAGUUAAACAGAAUAGAUGAAGCUUUGGAUUGUUUUCUGAAACUCCAUGCAAUCCUUCCAAAUAGUGCCCAAGUCAUUCACCAGAUAGCAAGCAUAUAUGAGAUCAUGGAAGAUCCCAAUCAAGCCAUUGAGUGGCUCCUGCAGUUGAUCAGCGUAGUACCAACUGAUCCACAUGUACUUUCAAAGCUAGGGAAAUUAUAUGAUAAUGAAGGUGAUAAAUCCCAAGCUUUCCAUUAUUACUAUGAGUCAUACCGGUAUUUCCCUUCAAACAUUGAGGUCAUUGAAUGGCUUGGAGCCUACUACAUCGACACCCAGUUUUGUGAAAAAGCCAUUGAAUACUUUGAAAGAGCAGCACUUAUCCUACCAACACAAGUGAAGUGGCAGCUGAUGGUUGCCAGUUGCUAUAGGAGAAGUGGUAACUACCAGAAAGCACUAGAGAAAUACAAAGUCAUUCACAGAAAAUUCCCAGAAAAUGUUGAAUGCCUCCGAUUUUUAGUUCGUCUCUGCACAGAUAUGGGGCUGAAGGAAGUCCAGGAAUAUGUAACAAAGCUCAAGAAAGUGGAAAAAUUAAAAGAAAUAAGAGAGCAGCGCAUUAAAUCUGGCAGAGAUGGCAGCGCACGUAGCCGCAGAGAAGGAAGUGCUGGUGGUGAUAGUGGUGGUACCAAAGGGGAAAGACUGAGUGCCAAACUAAAAGCUUUGCCUGGGACAAGUGAACCCUAUGAAAGCAGUGGCAGUAAAGAAAUAGAUGCCUCCUACAUAGAUCCACUUGGCCCACAAGCAGAAAGACCAAAAACUGCAGCAAGAAAAAGAACUGAGGAAGAUGACUUCGCUGAUGAAGAACUAGGAGAGGAUUUGCUUCCAGAAUAGCAUAUGGUCCAGUCAUAAUUUUUUAUCCUUUUAAAAGUUUUAGCAGAAAAACUUUCAUCCAUGAUGCUUUUGUAGUGGAUUUUCAUAAAAUACUUGUGAAAUACUUUGGAUAUGUGGUAUCUGAUAUUAAAACCAUGGAUUUGAA